GGAUUGAGUUGUAACUUAGAGCACCAAUUUUCCCUUUCUUUUUCUUUUUCUCUUUCUCCCUACCAUUUUCCCCUCUCUUUGUGUCUUCAAAUUUACACACUCUAAUGGAUGUUUGCCAAAAUGUAUCAGUUUCUGAUGAGUGCAAGCAAGAAAAGAUUCUUAACCCUUCAAAUAGCCUUGAUGACCUUUUUUCUGCUCAAAACAUGGAAGUGAAUGUUGAAAUGGAAUGGCUUUCAGUGUUUGUUGAAGAUUGUUUUUCAAGCCCACAAAGUUGUGUCUUGUUACCUUCAAAUGUUCAAAACACAACAAACACAAUCAUUACCUCAAAACCUUCAAACACAACAAAGAAACCAAAUCAACAAGAACAAAAUGAGUCACCAAUGCAAAAUUUCACAGUACCAGGAAAAGCAAGAAGCAAAAGAAAGAGACUUUCAGCACCAAGAAGACCAAAAAACCCAUUAAGCAUUUUAUCAAACACCUUAAACCCACAAAAUGAAUCACUUUGUUCUGACCCACCUCUUCUCAAACAAACCUAUUGGUUAGCUGAUAGUGAACUCAUUGUACCUAAAGAUGUAACAAAAGAUGAUUGUGAAGUAAUUGAACAAGAAAUUGUGAAAAAGGAAAAGUUUGAUUUUGAGGGUUUUGAGGAGAAUAAUAAUGAUGUUAACAACAACAACAAUGGUUCAAAUUCAAUUCCAACAAGGAGGUGUACACAUUGUUUAUCACAAAAAACACCACAAUGGAGGGCAGGCCCAUUAGGCCCAAAAACAUUAUGCAAUGCUUGUGGUGUUAGGUACAAAUCUGGAAGAUUAUUGCCUGAAUAUAGGCCUGCUAAGAGUCCUACUUUUGUGAGCUAUUUGCAUUCAAAUUCACAUAAGAAAGUUAUGGAAAUGAGGAUGAAUGUUGAAUCUUCUAAUCCUAGUGAGUAGUUUAGUGGUUUAGUUUAGUGUUUUAUACAUUUAUUUAUGUAAAUCAUAGUUUAAAUUUUAGGUGAAAUUGACUAUUUGGAAACAUGGAUAGUGUUUAGGCGAGUCAUUAAUUAGUGCUAUGAUUAGUUAGUUAAUUUAAUUUUAUUAUGAUUAAUAUCUUGUUUCA